UUUCCCUCAUAAAAGAUGUCAAAAUUUAGUGUGUGAUGGAAUGAAAAUAAUCGAGUAACUUGUCGUUUUCGUCGUGAAUAAUUUCAUUUCUAUAUAUUUUGACUUAAAAACAAACGGUAAUCGUCGUCGUGCAGCCAAAAGUAAUCCAUUACUAGCCAAAUUAAACGUUAAAUCAAAUUUAUGUUGUGAAGAAAGUUUGUCAAAAAAUAAAAGAAAGAAAAUCUGAUUUGGCGACAGGUGCUUUUUUUGUGUGGAAAAAAGUACAGUGCAGAAAAUGAUAUUUGUUAUGAUUUGUCAUUAAGUGUACAGUUAAUUAGUGAGUCCGGUGGUGUGCAAACCGAUAAUUCGGUGACUAAAGACCAACGUUUUAUGUUGGGCGAGUAAAAUUUCAACGAUGCCUUUCAAGUUAAAGCUGAAAAAAUCGCGUCAAUACAACGUUAGCUCCAAAUCUCUGUUCGUUAUUUCGGUACAUCACUUGCUAGUUUUCGAUACACCAACAACAGUCGAUUGCACAUUAAGUUCGGAGAGUACAGGCCUGGAAUGUUUGUCCAACGUUUGCCAACGAUUGUCCAUCAAUCAAUUGGAGUUUUUCGGUUUGCGAUACGUCGUCAAAGGAUCGACGAAAAAUGACGGCGAAGAGUUGCGCUGGGUCGAUCUGGAGCGUCCGUUGUCGCGACAAUUGGACAAAUAUGCGGCUAGUCCACGAUUGUACCUUCGCGUUAUGUACUAUGUCAUAUCCGGCGUUACGUUGAUCAACGACGAAGUUACCCGAAAUUAUUAUUUCUUGCAAUUGAAAAGUGAUAUUGUUGAAGGACGGAUAUCGUGUGAUCCGAAACAGGCGGUUAUUCUGGCCAUGUACUGCCGUCAAGCACAGUAUGAUAGUCAUCAGAACGAACGUCAUACGGUAGAAUAUUUGAAAAAUUUGCUGCCAUUUCCGCCAUCGGCUAUUGAAGCUGGCCAUUCGCUUGAAACACUGACCGAAGCCGUACUACAACCAAAUGCCGAAAUUCAAAAUCUCACACAGGCCAUGGCAGAAGGACUGUUCAUAACCGCUUGUCAACAAUUAGAUGGUUAUGGUCAAGAAAAGUUCGAUGCGAAAGAUGACUGCAGUGCCGAAGUGACGUUAGGGAUCACCGUUUCUGGAAUAGCAGUCUCGGCGAAUGAGAACUCGAAAUUUUAUCCUUGGCACGAGAUAUCGAACGUGGUGAAUCACAAACGUACAUUCAACAUUGAGUGCACCGAACCGGAUAAAAGUGUCGGCUUCAAUCUGUGUGACACAGAAACGGGUCGCUACUUCUGGAAGCUAUGCGUGUUGCAGCACACAUUCUACAUCAAAUACGAAAAGAAUCAAAAUCACUCGUCACCCGAGGGCAAUUUCAAUCUCUUCCAAAAUCUUCCCGACGAUUUGACUGAAAGCAAGGACAAUUUGUUUGUCGAGCAACCAAAUCUAUAUGCAUCGGAUUCGCAUAUAUCUGCCGGCAAUUGGCAAACCGAUUCGGUGGUAUCAUCGAACAUGUCGCUAGCACAGAGUCAACAGCAACUGAAGCCUCAGUUCAAUCAGAACUGGGUCACUCCUAUGAUGCCAGACAAUUUCACGACUCGUAACAGCAAUUGGGGUCUGGUCGGAUCGAAUGCUUCGUUGAAUAAUCGAGCGCAGAGUUCGUCAUGUUUGGACCUAAGCAACAACAAUAUAAGCAGCCAUGAUAAGGAGCGAUUAAAGGCAUUCCUUCCCGGAUACAGAUCGGCACCGGAUUAUGAGACUGCCGUCCAACAAAAGUACCGGGCUAGCGAGAGUGAACUGCGUGUAAAUAAUCUGGUCCACGUUCAGCCAACCGGAGUCGUCACAGAUACUCAUAUGAACAAUUACUCUGGGUCUCAACCAGAUGUACAUCGGGUGACCGCAGUUGCCGACGCCAUUUUUGGCCAGCAACUUCAAUAUCCGGAUGUUACGCAAACCACAAACAGCGUCUAUCAACAACAUUUUGAUCCGAAUGUCAUUCGCUUGGAUGGUCUGUCACAGCAAUUACAGAUGAUGCGCUUCAACAAACCUCCACCGCCAUAUCCGGCCAAUCGAUUGAGUUCAACAUCCACUCCCGAUUUGGCAUUAGCAUCGCAUCGGGCCUUAUGUUAUCAGGCAUAUGUGUCCGGUUCCAGUCCAGACUUAGUAUCGACACGAACGUUUUUAAAUUCACAAUACCAGGGACCGCAACAACCGUCGAUCCCAUCGAAUACAUUCCGCUAUCGAUACUCACAGAGUCACAUUCCACACGGAACAUACGAAAAUUUGAAUUUGAAUUUUCCGGAAAAUCAAACGAAAACCAACCUUUUGUCACAGAAAAUUCAGAAAGCGUACGAUGCAGCGUAUCGUGUGCCAAAUCAGCAACAGGCUGGUUUGAUCGGUUCGCAUCAGUUAAAUGGGUCCAUCGAUCCGAUUGAACCAAUUUAUGAAAACAUAAAUGUUCCACUACCCAAUCCAACAGACGGCAUUACCAACAAUGAAAUGCGAGAUCGAGCAUCAAGUGUUCAAUCGGCACCUGGAGUGAUGCGCUUCAAGCAACAGCAGCAACAGCCGCCACAUCAACAUCAACCGAAUCCAAACCAGCAGCAACAUCAACCCCCACAACCAAUACUGAACGAUACUCAUAAUUUUAAUGUCACCAAACCAGCCAUCUUUUUCGAUCGUCAACCAGAUCACGUACCCGUCACAAAAGCUCAAUCAAAUCCAAUCGUGGUACAGCAUCAAGUUCUUCAAAAUUCGCAGAGCCAAGAUUUAACCGACAACCAUCCGUCAAUCGCUAUGCAUCAACAACAAACCUCACGAAAAUCCAGCACUCCCAUUGAACAAAAUAGUCGACUGAAUCGAAGCUAUCCCCAAUUCGAUUCGCUUAACCGUUCGCAGUCAACCAAUGUUUUGGACUCAUCACAAAGUUCAUCGUACACAAAUACAACGACCACUACGGAUUCCGGUAUUAAUUGUUCGGAGCAUCGCAAUUCCAAAGAGAAGAAGAAACGACGAUGGAACUUUUGGGGAGGUGGAAGCAAAGGCUCAUUGAGUGAUAAACAGAAAAGUGCUACAUUGGGACGCGACAAAGAAAAGAGCAUGAACGCGCUGACAAAGGAUGAAGAAAGUAAUUUAAGACAUCGUUGGUCGACCGGUCUGCCGCGAUUGCCAUUACUAGCGACAAUAAGCAAGGAGAAGUUGUGCCAAAUUUUGGAAACAAAACUUAGCGAUCCACAACUGUAUGUGGAGUUCGAACGCAUACCGAAACGAAAGGAAAAUGCACGCUACGAUUGCGCCCUGCACGAAGAAAAUCGAAUGAAAAAUUUCGAUCCAAAUUUCCUUCCGUACGACGACAACAGAGUACGUUUGACUCCGACGCGGGAUAACCGGUUGGGAUACUAUAAUGCAUCGCACAUAACGGCUACCGUUGGCGCCAAGCAACGAUUUUACAUUGUUGCCCAAAGUCCGAAUGCUGUACCGGCAUUGAAUACGUUCCUGCAGUGCGUGUGGGAAGCGGAUGUUUAUCUACUUGUUCAGUUGUCCGAUGAAGUGAAUUAUGUGCCACCCACGAGUGAUAAAUGUUUGGAGUAUGGUCAGUACCAAAUUUGGCAAGAAUUUUCCCAAGUCACCGACAGAUGCGUAACAAGCAAACUUCGCAUCUAUCACACCCAAAGCCGUAGAUAUCGUUCCGUGUGGCAUUUAAGAUAUUGCGAAUGGAUUGAGCAAAAUUGUCCGAAAGAUGUUGGUCAAUUUUUGGAAUUUCUUGAAGAGCUGAGUUCUGUGCGUUUAGCCAGCAUCAAUGAAGUACCACCCGGCCAUAACACAAAUCCUCCGGUAUUGAUACACUGCAGCGAAGGUGGUGGAAGAGCUGGUGUUACAUUGGCAGCCGAUUUGUUACUGUACACGUUGGACCACAAUCAGGAUCUGGACAUACCAAGAGUUUUGAGUCAGCUGCGUCAACAGAGAGACAAUAUUGUACCAUCGCUGGCUCAAUAUAAGUUUGUCUACGCGUUGAUAAUAAACUACUUGAAACGCACGAGACUAAUUUAAAAUUAGACAAAGAAAGAAACUGGGAGUUUAGUUUGAUUUUGAAUGUAGUUAAGAAGAAAACGAUUUUCGACCAGCGUUCAGAAACAGACCGAUUGUUAUAUUUCUACCGUUGUUGUGUAUGUUGGAACGUGAUUUUUUUUUAAAAUUAUUUUUUUGAUUUUACAUCUGAAAAAAAAAUUAUCGUUCUUUUGGACGAUAGACUAUGGAGUUAGCGGUUCAAUCAAACUUUUGUUUUUUUCGAAUGUUAAUUUAAUAUUGACGAACAAAUUUGUAUUAAUAAUAGUAUUAAGAACGAAAAUUGUUUUCUUUGUUCCGUUUUUGUGCGUUGAAUUCAAGUUAAUUUAUAGUAUUCUGUUUGGUUUUUGUAUUGUACUACUGCGGUCAUACCGCCCAAAUUGAAAUUAAAACGAACAACCAUUUGAUUUGCAACAUUCGACGUUUUGGAUACAUUUUUGUUUAAAAAUCAAAAUUGUGUGAUAUUGUGAACGGU